AUGGGCAACUCAGCCUUGACCCCUUUGGUCCACCAGUACUGGGACCAGAAUCAGGACCCAGUCUUCUCAACGGCCGGGUAUGAGGUCAAAUUUAAGGACCUCAAGACUCUCCACAGAGCUGCCUACGACGGCGACCUCUACGACAUGAUGGACCUGGUCCAUCUGAAAAGAAAUAAGUUAAAUGCAUAUGACAAGAAGAAGAGAAGUGCUUUGCAUUUGGCUUGCGUAAGAGGCUAUGCCAAGGUGUCCACUAUGUUGAUCGACAAGGACUGCGAUCUGAACAUCAGAGAUGCUGAAGAGAGGACACCUCUGAUAAAGGCCGUGCAAUGCGAGAGACCGCAGUGUGUCACUCUCCUCUUAGAACGUGGCGCAGAUCCCAACAUCACGGAUAUCCACGGUAACUGCGCUCUCCACUAUGCUGCCCACAGCGGCAAUGUAGAGAUUACAACAAAACUCCUUGAACAUGGUGCCGCUACAGAGAUAAUGAACAAGAAAGACACCACACCACUCUUCCUUGCUCUGAAGGAAACCCAUUCAGAUGUGGCGGAACUUUUAAUUAAGCAUAAGGCAAAUAUACAUCUAGUUGAUGGAUGUAGGAGAACAGCGCUCAUGCUUGCUGUACUUUGUAAUUCGGAAAGCUUAGUGGAUCUUCUUUUGGAGCAGAAUAUUAAUGUCUUUGCGGAAGAUUUAUUUGGACGGACUAUAGAUAAUUUUCUUCUUCCUGACUCUGAAAGCAUUCAACAGAAAAUUUUGGAAUACAAGGCAAAAAUUAAACCUAUAACUCCUGCACAAGCAAGAGCAACUUUGGUUAAGGAAAGGCGUUCUGUUUGUCAAAAAGAAGAAAUGGCUGAAAACCAUUUUUCCACCUUCACUUUAGUCCAGCCAUUCAUACCAGGUCCUCGAAUGGCCUUUGUCAACCAUUGUGAUACAGAGGAAGGAGCAAGAGAGUCAGAAGUUGGAGACAAUACCAACACGAUUGGUAUUGUUGAAAGUGCUACACAAAAGCAAAUAGAUAAAAUCUCUGUACUGUUAUCAGGACACGACAAACCAAAAGAACCAAGUUUGUAUUUGGAGAGUAUUUCAGAGACUCUUUCAGAGAAGGAUCUUAGUCAUUCAUCUCAGGAUGCCAAUCAAGAAGAAAAAAACAGAGUAAAUGCACAAGUAGAAGGACACAAAAUUUUAUCAAAAUCAGUGAAAGAGGAAGAAGAACCUAAAGGAAGUGAAAAUAACCAGCCACAGUGCAUGUUAAGACACAACCUCAGUAUCAGGUAACAAUAUUCAUUCAGGAAAUUUGCACACACAGAGAAGAUUGGAUUACUGCAGCUCCAGAGAUUACUGGAAGGAGGAGGAAGUGCUGGAUUGGGGCAGAACACAGGGAGGCAUUUCUUUUCUCCAGAAGGAUCAGGCAUCUGAGAUAUAUGUUGCAUUGAUACUAGUUAAUCAGAUCAGGUUACUUUGAACAAAGAUGGCUGGCUUUUUUUGCAAAUGUUAUUAUUGUUUUUUUUUUUUUCUAUAAAGUAGUUGUUUCCUAAUUCCCUUCAUGUGAGGGAAUUAUUUUCUGUACAUUGUGUGAAAUUGUGCUUUACUUAUGAUACAAUUUGUUUCAAAGCUCACUGUGCACGAUGCUGACAUAAAACCUCCUACUC